AUGCGCAGGCGAUGUGGGGGGGCCUUUCCGCUGACCACUUUUUUGCUGCUCGCGAACUGUCUUGCCUGCCAUCUGCCAUCUGCCAUCUGCUUUCUCAGCUCCAGCACACAUGACGCUCUCCUCGUAUUCGAAUGUGUUCGCAGAGGCAUCAUGCCAAAGGUCAAUCGGAGACUGCGGGAUGAUGAGCGCAGGCUGAUCAGAAGCGGCGCCGUCUUCGUCUUCGAUGAGCGGGAAAGCGGAAUCAAGAGGUGGACUGAUGGGCUGCUAUGGAGUCCGAGCAGGAUUUUGUGGAACUUCCUCGUAUAUCGUCAGAUCGAAAAGAAGGCUGGUAAAGGCGCAACGACUUCCUCAGUCACCGAUGAUAGCUCUCCACUGUCCCGAGGCGCACAUAGGUCUCCAUCUGGUGGCGCAAACAGAGAAAGCGAAAUCGAGCGAGCUCUGGUCGGUAGCUUGAAGAGCAGCUAUCCCUUUGCAAAAGACGGCCUGUGCAAGAAGACUAUCUCUAUACAGGUCCAUGGCUCAACACAGCACCUCAUCUCAUACUACAAAGUAGAAGACGUCAGAUCGGGUCGCCUGCGUACUCCGCUGUCCCUUCCCGAGAUAUCUGGUCUCGACAUUUCCCCCAUGAUACUGCAGAAGUCUAAUUUCCGCAACCCACCGGACAUCGAGGUCCUACCCGACGGCACAUUGAGGUACCGUGGUGAUGGAAGCGAG